AUGUUCACUGUGACCAAAAGCUUGGAGCUGCAAGGGCCAUUGGCAGUGUAUCUGAACUAUGUCAUCUCCCUUGCAGUUCUGGAGGCAGUGCAGGACAUAUUUCAGGGGAACGAGGCGCCCCUUCAGCUGAAAUGGCCAAACGACUUGUACUCAUCUGGCCUGAAGGUGGGGGGCGUCCUCAUUCAUUCCACAUUUGGAGCAGGCAAGCUUUGCAUGCAGGCAGGCGUGGGCCUUAACGUGCUCAACAGGCAACCAACAACUUGCCUGCAGGAUCUUAUGGAACACAGCGGCAUUCCAGGGAGCAUUUGCAGGGAAGUCGUCUUGGCUGGGAUCCUAAACCACAUGGAAACGAUGCUGCAGACACUCCAGCAAGAAGGUUUUGAGCCACUAGAGAGCAAAUAUAUCCACAGCUGGCUGCACAGCGAACAGGAGGUCGAUAUAGAAGAGAAGGGGGAAGAUGGCUCACAAAGCAUCGUGUCAGUGACCAUCAAGGGAUUGUCUCCAAAUGGCUUUCUUCUGGCAGUUGACAGUGAUGGGAGGAGAUUCGAACUCCAACCAGAUGGGAACAGCUUUGAUAUGAUGAAGGGCCUGAUCCGCAGAAAGCUGUGA